CGAACGCGAUCCGGUUUUGGGAGUGCGAGAGGGGCGACGCGAUGCAGCGGUCUCGCCUCCUCCUCUUCGGCAACAUCGCCGCCCGAUCCUUCUCCGGCAUCCGGCCUCUCUCCUCCGCCGCUGCCGAGCCUCCGGUACAGACCGUACGCUCCUUGCAGCCGCCCCCCGCCCGGACGCUCGCCGACCUCCGCCGGCGCCUCGCCGAGGAGGCACCCGCCCUUGCCGACUUCGUCUACUCCGUGGAGGUCGGGACCAAGAAGCGGCCUCUCCCCAAGCCCAAGUGGAUGAAGGAGACCAUCCCCGGGGGCGCCAAGUACGCCGCAAUCAAGGCUAAGCUCCGGGAGCUCAAGCUCCACACGGUGUGCGAGGAGGCCAGGUGCCCAAACCUCGGUGAGUGCUGGUCCGGCGGCGAGACCGGCACUGCCACUGCCACCAUCAUGAUCCUCGGGGAUACUUGUACUCGCGGAUGCAGAUUCUGUAAUGUAAAAACAUCACGCACUCCUCCUCCUCCAGACCCAAAUGAACCUUCUAAUGUUGCUGAAGCAAUUGCCUCAUGGGGUUUGGAUUAUGUGGUGAUUACUAGUGUUGAUCGUGAUGACUUGCCUGAUCAGGGGAGCAGCCAUUUUACUGAAACUGUGCAAAAGUUGAAGGCAUUGAAACCUGAAAUGCUGAUAGAAGCACUAGUUCCUGAUUUUCGUGGAGAUCCCGGCUGCGUGGAGAAAGUUGCAAAAUCUGGUUUAGAUGUGUUUGCUCACAACAUUGAGACAGUUGAAGAGCUGCAGAGCAUGGUCCGAGAUCACCGUGCUAACUUCAAACAAUCAAUUGACGUCCUUAAAUUGGCAAAAGAGCAUGCUCCCGCUGGCACUCUUACAAAGACGUCAAUUAUGUUGGGUUGUGGUGAGACACCUGACCAGGUAAUCAGCACAAUGGAGAAGGUGAGGGCGGCAGGAGUUGAUGUUAUGACAUUUGGUCAGUAUAUGAGACCAUCAAAAAGGCAUAUGCCAGUCUCUGAGUAUGUUACACCAGAAGCUUUCGAGAAGUAUCGAUCUCUUGGAAUGGAAAUGGGAUUCCGGUAUGUUGCGUCUGGUCCUAUGGUCCGAUCAUCAUAUAAAGCCGGUGAAUUUUACAUCAAGUCGAUGAUCGAAGCUGAUCGAGCUACGGCUUCCUCCACACCAAGUGAUGGAUCUUGAAUCACAAUAACAUUCCACACCUGUUAUCACAAAAUUGAAUUCCAUUUUCUCUUGGCUAUAAACACCAUAGCUUCUAUUGAAGUGCAUUGUUAACAUUGUUGCUGCACUUGGUUGUUGAGCAGAUGCCAAACUUUGAUCUCUGUAACUUCGAUAAUGGUUUAUACUGAUGUAUUUUGUUGUAUGUGGAAAUAAUACAGUGAAUCUUUCUUCCUGAA